GCGGCGCCCGCGGCAUCACGUGAGCGGCGGGAGAGCGGGGAGAGCGGCGAGCGGCGAGCGCCCAGCUCGGCCGCAGGGAGUGCGGGCUGCGGCCAGGAGCGCUGGACGCGCGGCCGCCUACGGAACCGGGCCGCACGCGCGAGGCCGCGCCAGGCGACGCCGAGUCCAGUCACCACAGGCUCGGCCAGGCCAGCAUGGUGGACCACUUGCUUCCAGUGGACGAGACCUUCUCGUCACCGAAAUGCCCAGUGGGUUACCUGGGGGAUAGGCUGGCCAGCCGGCAGCCAUACCAUAUGUUGCCCUCGCCCAUCUCUGAGGAUGACAGCGAUGUCUCCAGCCCCUGCUCUUGUGCCAGCCCUGACUCACAGGCCUUCUGUUCCUGCUACAGUGCGGGUCCGGGCCCUGAGGCCCAGGGCAGCAUCUUGGAUUUCCUCCUAUCCCGGGCCACACUGGGCAGUGGUGGUGGCAGUGGAGGCGUUGGAGAUAGCGGUGGCCCUGUGACCUGGGGGUCAUGGAGGAGAGCCUCUGUGCCUGUGAAGGAGGAACAUUUCUGCUUCCCUGAAUUUCUGUCAGGGGACCCUGAUGACGUCUCCAGGCCCUUCCAACCUACCCUGGAGGAAAUUGAAGAAUUCCUAGAAGAGAACAUGGAGGCUGAGGUCAAGGAGGCCCCAGAGAAUGGCAGCAGGGAUUUGGAGGCUUGUAGCCAGCUCUCAGCUGGGUCACACCGGAGCCACCUCCAUCCAGAGUCUGCUGGGAGAGAGCGCUGUACCCCACCACCAGGUGGCACCAGUGGUGGUGGUGCCCAAGGUGCAGGUGAGGGGCCAGCACAUGAUGGCCCCAUGCCGGUGCUACUGCAGAUCCAGCCUGUUGCUGUGAAGCAGGAGGCAGGUACAGGGCCAGCCUCCCCAGGCCAGGCCCCAGAGAGCGUCAAGGUCACCCAGCUUCUAGUCAACAUCCAGGGGCAGACCUUUGCACUCCUGCCUCAAGUGGUACCAUCCUCCAACUUGAACCUGCCCUCAAAGUUUGUGCGAAUUGCGCCAGUGCCCAUCGCCGCCAAACCCAUUGGCUCAGGAUCCCUAGGGCCUGGCCCCGCUGGCCUCCUUGUGGGCCAGAAGUUCCCCAAGAACCCAGCAGCAGAACUUCUCAAAAUGCACAAAUGCACUUUCCCAGGCUGCAGCAAGAUGUACACCAAGAGCAGCCACCUCAAGGCCCACCUGCGCCGGCACACAGGCGAGAAGCCCUUUGCCUGCACCUGGCCGGGCUGCGGCUGGAGAUUGCCACUGGACCUUGCACAACAGGCUGAUGGGAAAGCCCCUGGUAGCAUGAUGGUUAAUGGUGCUGAGAAGGCAGAAGGAGACAUAGUCCUGUGGCCCUGCAAUUAUUUGUGAUAGGAGAAGAAUCUGGAAGAUUAUGAAACAGGUAAAAUGACCCAAAUCUCCCCCAAGGUUUUAGUUAGGAGCAGAGCACCGUGAAAUGCUAGUAAUAACUUUAACAUUAGUGAUAAUGAUAAGCAAUCCUUUUUCAUGUUGUUUUUCUUUUAAAUAAACUGAGUUGUUAGGAGCUGGAGUAAUUAGACUCCCCAAUUGACAGCUGUCACGCCUUUCCCUGGUGCCAGGCUGCCUUACGUGGUGGACUGCCAGCCAGGCAAAUUGCCAGUUGCCCUCAUAGCAGCCGGCUGCUUUGAACUCUCCUGGACGCCUUGGGGAACUGAGCUGUGAUCAGCUGCUGGCUUCAGAAGCACGAUGCUGGUUCCGGAGUCACAUCCCACCCACACAGCAGUUUCAAACAGCUUGCAAGAGAUGUAGUGCCCACCGCUAGCCUCCCUGAACUCUAUAUGACCCUAUAACCAUUUCCACUCUCACCAGAGAGGAGCCUUCUCUUGUUGGACUGAGAAUGAAGGACUGUGUGGAGUUGGUGCGAACACAGCUCAUUUGCAUGAAGCGUUGCUUCUGAUUGGUGCUUUUAGCCUUGCCACACCCCCUUUCUGGAUGUAAGUCUGACUUCCAGUUCCUUUCUUGAGCCAGCUGAGCUGCUGUGAUGCCCUUCCUCACUACUGAGGCCAGCGAGAUGCUAGUCCAGACCUGCAAGAGAGACUAAAGCAGUUAAGUGGAGAGCUGAGAAGCUCUGAAGCUUCAAGAAGCUGGGCCCCAACCUGAAAGCUCUUGACCAGAACAGGGUUACCAUGGCUUCCCAGGGCUGAGCUGAGUGCACAUUAAAGCCCAGCGCAACAGAGCCUUCAUCUUGAGCGCCUGGAACCCGGAGUCUUUGGCUUCUACAGAUCCACCUCCAUCUCCCCAACUUGCUUUGUAACUCAGACUGGCUUCAAACUUGCCACCUCCUCCUGUCUCAGCCUCCCAGAUGCUAGAAUAAAAGGUGCAUACUGAUAA